AUGAAGUCCCUGCGACAUUUGGACCUCGGCCUCAACUCCCUGGUUUAUGACGGUUUGGAAAAUUGCUCCUGGCCACCUAACAUCAUCAAUAUGAGUCUGUAUUCCAAUGCCAACAUGAUGCAGACUGGGUGCACAAUUCCCUCAUUCCCAACCUCGAAGGCCCCUCAGGAGGACUCAGAAUCUGCCAUCAUGAGAAACACUUUGUGCCAGAAGUCUAUUAUUGAGAACAUCAUCACCUCUGUGGAGAAAAGCAGACGCUCCUUGUUUGUGCUCUCUGCUCACUUUGUCAAGAGCGAGUGGUGCCAUUAUGAGCUGUACUUUGCCAGCCACCAACACCUUACUCAGGGCUCGGACAGUGUUGUGCUGGUGCUGCUCGAGCCUCUGCCUCAAUACCUGAUCCCGUCUAAGUACUACCAGCUGAAGGCCAUGAUGAACCGGCACACAUACAUUGAGUGGCCUCAGGACAGGGCCAAGCACCGGCUGUUCUGGGCUAACCUCAGGGCUGCCCUACAGGCAGAUCUGCCAAAUGCCCCAGUCACAGAACUAGAAGAGUGACUGUGAAAGUCAGACUUAACACCUAAAAGGAAGUGGGGAGAGGAAGUGUGAAUUAAGGAUGCAACAAUUAUAGAUUUUGAUGGUACAAUUAUAAUCUGAGGAAAAAUCCCAGUUGCACAGUUAUGCAUUCAUUUACUUCACCACACUAUGGAUGUAUAAAAUCAUGAGCAGUUUUAGUAAAAAUUCUGCUUUGUUUCUGUUGGUUUAUGUUGCACUGAAAGCCCAACUAAAAACUCAUCGCUACUUUAUUGAUUAUAAGUGACACGAACAGCUCAGUGUUGGUGAGCUCUAAUCUGCAGUCAAUAGUGAAAUCCGUAAAUUCCUGCAUACUUUGUGUGAAUGGGGCAGAGGAUUGGCCACAAGAGUAAAAACAUCUGGAGACACUGAGCGAAAAUGGUGUGUACAAUUUCUCAUUUUUUUUAACCCAUAUGCAUACUUUCUUGAGCUAUAGUCUCUUAUUUUAUUUGUAAUCUUGUACUAUGAGCUGAUUGAACUGAAUGAACUGAUUGUUUUUUUAAAUGAAUCAUAACCGCACAGAUUUCAGUGUAUGAAUGCCUUUCCCCAUGUGUUUGCUAAUCUAUACCUCCUACCAAGUCUGAUACUCAAUAGGCAAAGUUUUUUCCUCUAAAAACAAAUCAUGUAAUAACAUGUCACACAUCUUUAAAUCACAUUUAAUGGAAACAUUUAUGUAAACUAACAAUUUGUUCGAGUUUGUAACAAAAACAAUAAACUUCACCCAAGAAUAUCAAAA